AAUAUUAAGCUUCCAACUUGCUUAUCUCAACUAUAAACAACCACGUGUUUCACUUUAUGAAAUUUUCUCUCUCAACCUAAUUAGGUGAUUCUAAAUUUGAUUAGCCAGAAUCUCAGUUAAUCCAGCAUCAGAAUCUCCUCAAAGUCAGAAACCAAAUACAACCCUGUUAUGGGUAUUAUCACAGAGGCCUAAAUUUUCAUUUGGCAGCACCUAGAGACUGAAAUAGAAUGCACAACCAGUCAACAGCUCAUGUAUCGACAAAUUCAGUUGUAGUGUACCACACUCAAAAGUAUCAAACUAUAAUUAAGAAAGGUAUAGUUACAGGAAUAUCUAUAGCAACUAGCUAGCUACCAUUCAAACGUAUGCCAUCACAUUAACAAACAAAACUAUCAAUCUAUAUCUUCUCUUUCGCUUCAACACCAAUCAUCCCUGUCUUUAUCUCUCUCUCCCUGUCUCAAAGAAUGAUGGAAGUCUCCUGGGAAAAAAGUGUCACAGAUUCUAUUAACACUGUUUAUCUUCUCUUUUCUGCAUAUUUAGUGUUUGUCAUGCAACUUGGUUUUGCCAUGCUAUGUGCUGGCUCAGUCCGAGCCAAAAAUGCUAUGAACAUCAUGCUUACAAAUGUUGUUGAUGCUGUUGUUGGUAGCAUUUCGUACUACCUCUUCGGCUUUGCUUUUUCAUUUGGUGAUGGCUCCGGUUCUAACCCUUUCAUUGGCACAAGCUUCUUUGCUCUCAAAGAUAUUCCCAACAGCACUUAUGACUAUAGCUAUUUCCUUUAUCAAUGGGCUUUUGCCAUAGCUGUUGCAGGAAUUACCAGUGGUUCCAUUGCUGAGAGAACCCAGUUCAGUGCUUACCUUGUUUUUUCAUUUUUCCUUACUGGGUUUGUGUACCCUGUUGUGGUUCACUGGGUUUGGUCAUCCAGUGGCUGGCUUAGUCCCAGUUCAAGUGACUUGCUUUUUGGUUCAGGUGCUAUUGACUUUGCUGGCAGUGGUGUGCUGCAUUUGGUAGGCGGCAUUGCUGGGCUUUGGGGUUCUUUAAUUGAAGGCCCACGAGUGGGCCGUUUUGAUGCAUUUGGCAAGCCUGUGCCAAUGCGUGGGCAUAAUGCAACCCUUGUGGUUCUUGGAACAUUCUUGUUGUGGUUUGGUUGGUUUGGGUUCAAUCCUGGAUCAUUUGACCAAAUUCUUGUGGCUUAUCCUUCCACCAUUGAUCAAGGUAACUGGACUGGAGUAGGAAGGACUGCAGUUACAACUACUUUAGCCGGAUCAACAGCCGGACUUGUAACACUCUUCGGCCGGCGAUUACUAGUUGGCCAUUGGGAUGCACUAGACGUUUGCAACGGGUUGCUUGGUGGGUUCGUCGCUAUUACUUCGGGUUGUUCAGUGGUUGACCCAUGGGCUGCAAUUGUUUGUGGUUUUUUUGCAGCUUGGGUCUUGAUUGGGCUUAACAUUUUAGCACUAAAACUGAACUUUGAUGACCCACUAGAGGCAACCCAAUUGCAUGGUGGGUGUGGUGCUUGGGGUUUGAUAUUCACAGGAUUGUUUGCCAAAAAAGACUACGUCAUUCAAGUGUUUAACUCAGGAGAGAGUGGCGUUGUGCGACCCUAUGGUCUCCUCAUGGGCGGGGGCUGGGGUCUAAUUGGAGCACAAGUGAUUGAGGUUUUAGUAAUUGUUGGAUGGGUUAGUGUGACAAUGGGACCUCUUUUUUAUGCUCUUUCUAAGCUAAAGGUUCUGAGAAUCCCUAUUGAAGAAGAAGUUGCAGGCCUUGAUAUAUCUAGCCAUGGAGGAUAUGCUUAUGUUGCCCAUCCUGAAGAAAGCCAUCCUCGCUUUUAUUCAGAUUACAAGAAGGUAAUUGGCACUAGACUGCUACUGUGUAAAAUUUCAAUGUAUCAAGUUCCCAAUGGACUAGUAAAAAUAAGGUGUCAAAUUGAAUAUUCUUUCUUUAAGUGAAGAAGUCACUACUGUUGUCAAGACUAAGAAAAAAAAACAAUACAGAAGUGCUCGUCAAAAGAUUUUUACA